GCCUUUGUGACGUACUCUCUCUUUACGUUAAUCACUAUGUUAUGUCUAGUAUAUAUAUGGUGGUUCUGUUAUUUUGGUUUAUCGAGAGCUCUUCUUCCGUUUAUUUGUGUCAGGAAUGUUAGGCUAAUGCGGCUCACUAACGGCUCGGCUGUUAUUCGGAAUUUUGAGCUGACAUCGAAAGUACUUCUGCAGUUUAAUGGCGUGGUAUCGUAAUAGGUGAAUGGAGUGGUUUUAUGGACUUGGGACCAUUAUAAUUGAUGGUAUGGUUGUCAUAGGUUGGCAUCGGUUCAGACGCAAAGUAGUACAUUUACUGAUUGGAUUUGUGAGGCAAAAACUUGGAGAUAAUGUAUCACCUACGAUACAAGAUAUAGAGGUGAUGUACCAAAGUCCAAACUACAUUUUGAUUAAUAAACGAUAUGAUGUUUUAAUCAAUAGCGAUUCACCAGAGGAUGAGGUAACUGUACAAACUCAGUUGCGGCGUAUUUUUCCUGACUUAGCUAACCCAAGGCUUGGUCAUGAAUUUAUGUUUGCUCAUCGUUUAGAUUACGCUACCAGUGGGCUGAUGUGCAUUUCGGUUCAUAAGAAAGCUGCUGGAGCUAUUACCAAGUGCUUUGUUCAUAAGCGUGUUGAUAAAUACUAUUUAGCACUUGUAAGAGGCCAUGUAUCAAAGGAGAUGCUUGAUGUUUACCUUCCAAUUGGUAAUGAUAUUCGUGAAGAAUGGGAAGGGAUUAGGAUGGCAACACCACUGAGUCCUUAUGCUGGUCGAUGUAAAGCAGCUCACACUCGUCUUUUGGUGCUUCAGAAAGGACUAUAUAACAAUUAUCCAGCAACAAAACUUCUACUAAAGCCAAUCACUGGAAGGAGGCAUCAGCUUCGUGUUCACCUCUCAGAAUCUGGCCACACAAUUGUUGGAGACUUCACUUACUCAAAUCGUCGUGAUCUCUUUCCUUACAGAAUGUUUCUUCAUGCCUAUAGACUUGUUGUACCAACCGAAUAUGAACAUAUUGAUGUGAGGACAGAUGAUCCUUUCACAGAAAAUGAUCCUCGAAAUAAAUGGACUGUUGUUGAGACACUGAAUACUUUAAAUGAGGAAACUUUUACAAAGUUAAAGCUAGGUAGAAAAUGGUAUAAAAAAUAAAAUCAUCAGAAAUGAUUUAAAAUCUUAAAUGUUCUUUGAUACCUCUAAACUGCUAAUUGCAUUGAAAUCUUGUUAUGCAUGUUAUUGUGAUGCUUUCUUGAUGCAUUUUUCUGUACAUAAUUAUAACAAAUGUUGAAUAUAUACAGUUUGUGUAUAUAUUUAUAUACAUAAUAAAUAAAACAGUGAUGCUUCUUGUUGAAAUCAUCAUAAUAAUGAAAAAAAAUAUGUAGAUAUAUUUGCUUACAUACCACUAAAAUGAGCUUUUUACCUUUACAAGAUACAGUGCUCAAGACUAUCAUCUGUGAUACAAUGAAUUGUUAAUGUUGUUAAUCUAUUUAUUAAACUUUUUUAUUAUU